GAUCUCGUCUCAUCCUCUCCAAGACUCCAACCCCAUCCACAUCGAGGUUUGAAGAAGAAGGUUUAGGAAGGAGGAUGGGCGAGUUCGACGAUUACUGGGCGCGGGCGUACAGGGGCGACCCCGCCGUGCCGCACUCUGACCCGCAGAGGCUGGUCUCCACCUGGACCGGCGCCUUCGCCCUCGGCGCCGCCGCCUGCGUCCACCACCACGCCUCCUCCCUCGCCUCCAACCUCAAGUCCCUUCCCCACAGUUGGCAAGACAUGACAAUGAUACUCGAUCAGAAGCGCUGGAAGAAAAUUCUCGAUAAGAAGCAGCAACAAGUUUAAGUUCCAUAUAUCUUUCAACGCUUGGGCCACAGUUGGAUGAGCUUUCUUUCUAGCUGUUGUGCAAGGUGGAAGACGCUUGGGCCACGGUUGGAUUAGCUUUCUGUCUAGCUGUUGUGCAAGGUGGAAUGAGUUUCGGAUAUUUUUGGUCUCGUCGAUACAGUUUUCUAUCUCUUGUUUUCUCACAACUAGGUCAAAGAAAAUGAUGCCUCACGAAGGGUACACAUUUUUCUAUUUUUUAAUUAGUUGUGCUAAAAAUGGGAUCCAA